CUGAUUUUACUUUUCUUAAACAUACUCAACCUUUUCAUCUGCUGUUCAUAAGUAUUUUUUUUAAAUAUCGUUAAAAAUAUGUCAAAAGGCGUUGACGACCCACCAGAAAAUACUUCUGAAACCCUCGUCUCAAUUGUGAAAUACUCUUGGUCUAUCCGACCAUGUUCUGUGUAUAAAGACGAAUACGACGAUUGCACAAGUAUAAAAGCACGUUUCCAUCAGUAUUUUAUUUAUGGCGAAAGUGUUGAUUGUUCCCAGUGGAAGAAAGAUUACGAUAAUUGUGAGCGUUACGUAAAUUCCAAUGGAAACGAUGUGUCAGCUGGAGAAGCAGUAGUUCGUAGUGAAGCGGAGCGUCGACAAAAACGCAUGGAGGCGUAUUUCGGUAACAGUACAUGGAAAAAACGAGAUAAUCCUCCGGAAGACUGGUCAAAGCCUUUACCAGAGUGGUUGGCUAAGAAAAACGAGAAUACGUUUUUAGAGUUGAAACAAAUGGAAUUGGAUGGACGCAAACCAGUUGAAGAGAUAAAUAAAUCCUACUGUGCCAUAAUGUAGUCAGCAAAACUCAAAUGUUAACAGAGUUUAUUUUGAAAAUAUAUAUACAAAACGAUUAGCUAUAUAAAGCUUAUUUAGAGAUCA